GAUAAAAAGGGCAGUAAGGGUAGUUUCGGUGAAAGACGCCACGGCGAAACUCCGUCCAUCACUUCACACGACUGAAACGGCUAAAUGUUGACGCUUCCGCGCUGUCUCUUUCUCGCAGUAGACAAAUACGGUCAUGUUUAACAGUUGCAGGCCCAUGUCGCUCUAUAACGUGAAGGCUACGAUCCGAAGAGUCCAGCUAUAGGCAACUGUAGGUGUAAUAUGCCGAGGCUUUACGCUACCCUUACUACCACUUAGUAAGAGGAACGCAUGCGCAUUGACAACAAGCAGCCGGUCUGAAAAGUCCUGUUUUAACGGAUGUAAUCAAGGCAACGGAUUCCCUCAAUCUUCGGCAUCCAUGGUGAUAUCCCCAUGGGAUCCCAGCGGAUGGAGAUGCGGAAGCGUCAGACGACGGGGCAACAGGACGCGGCGGGUACCGUGCAGACCCCGCCAGACCCAGGGAACCGAGGACCCAACGCCUGCUGCUUCUGCUGGUGCUGCUGCUGUAGCUGCUCUUGGAACGAGGACGGGAACGAGAGGAACCGGAGAUCCUCCUACGAGACCAAGACCGACGGGGCCACAGACUGCAACCAGAGACCCACGCCUUCUGCGGAGGACGUCCUCUCCUGGGGACAGUCCUUCGACAAGCUGAUGAAGUGUCCGGCGGGGCGGUGCGCCUUCCGGGAGUUUCUGCGGACGGAGUUCAGCGAGGAGAACAUGCUGUUCUGGCAGGCCUGCGAGGACCUGCGGGCGGAGAGCGCCAAGGCCGCCGUGGAGGAGAAGGCCCGGCUCAUCUACGAGGACUACAUCUCCAUCCUCUCGCCCAAAGAGGUGAGUCUGGACUCGCGGGUUCGAGAGGUGAUCAACAGGAACAUGGUGGAGCCCUCGGUGCACACGUUUGACGACGCGCAGCUGCAGAUCUACACGCUGAUGCAGAGAGACUCGUACCCCCGUUUCAUCAGCUCUCCAGCCUACAAAGCCCUGCUGAACACUGUCUCAGAGCAGGCCCCCGAAUCUUAGCUCCGCCCCCAGAAUCUUAGCUCCGCCCCCGGAAAACAGGCUCCCGAAACUUAGCUCCGCCCCCAGAAUCUUAGCUCCGCCCCCGGAAAACAGGCUCCCGAAUCUUAGCUCCGCCCCCACAAUCUUAGCUCCGCCCCCGGAAAACAGGCUCCCGAAUCUUAGCUCCGCCCACUAAUGUUAGCUCCGCCCCUGCGGAAAACAAGCUCCCGAAUCAUAGCUCUGCCCCUGGAAAAGAGGCCCUGAAACUUAGCUCCGCCCACCAAUCUUAGCUCCGCCCCUGCGGAAAACAAGCUCCCGAAUCAUAGCUCUGCCCCUGGAAAAGAGGCCCUGAAUCUUAGCUCCGCCCCCUAAUCUUAGCUCCGCCCCUGCGAAAGAAAGGCUCCCGAAUCUUAUCUCCGUCCCCCCAAAAAAAACGCUUUUCCUCCCUUCCCUUCGUCAUGUGACUUUAUUAGUGUAGGGCGUGUCAAAGAGCAGGCCGUGGCCCCCCCACCCCUCCCCUCCGGCGGGCGGGGCCGUCCUACAGGUGUGUCCCGGCUCAGGUGAUUCUCAGGUCUCCGUCACACACCUCAGACCAGCGGAGAUCUCCGCACCGCGAGCUCAAGAA